AUGACGACUACUCAGCAGAACUUCACACUCACCGGAGACCCACUCUCGCUGGACAGAAUUCGGUCGAUUCUGAUACGUCUCGAGGACACCAUCAUCUUUUCGCUCAUAGAGCGCGCCCAGUUCGCGCACAACCCCAAGGUCUAUCGUCGCGGGGAGUUCCAGGAGUUGCAGGCGGCAGGCUUCACCGGCAGCUGGCUCGAAUGGUUCCUGAAAGAAAUCGAGUCAUUCCAUGCCAAGGCGCGACGAUACACUAGCCCGGAUGAAUAUCCUUUCACAAACCCAGCCGAACUCCCGGAUCCCAUCCUCACAGGUAUCGAGUUUCCUCAGAUACUGUACCCCAACAAAAUCAAUGUCAACCCCUCCAUCCUGAGUUUCUACACACGCUCCAUCGUCCCGCGCAUCACCCAACAGGCAACUUUGACCUUGUCUGCCGCAAAACGUGCCAACGGCAUCAUAGGUGAUGAUGAGUACGAAGAUGAUGGGAACUACGGCAGCGCCUCGGUGAUCGACGUCGAAGUGCUCCAAGCAAUCAGCAAGCGAGUGCACUACGGCAAGUUUGUGUCCGAGUCCAAGUUCAGAGACCAUCCAGCCGCAUUCAUUCCCCACAUCCUCAACCCCAACCGUGCAGCACUCGAUGCGCUAAUCACGAAGCCCGAGGUUGAACUGAAGCUGCUCCAGCGACUGCGCAAAAAGGCUGAGCUGUAUGCGCUCAACUUUGCUCCGGACGGGCAGCCCAUCAACGAUGUGUCAAUGCGAAAGAUCGACGUUGACGGUGUGGUGGAGUUGUACGAGCACUACAUCAUCCCGCUCACCAAAGAAGUAGAGGUGGAUUAUUUGCUAGCUCGCCUGGAAGGCAUGUCGCAAGAGCAAAUAGAUAGCUUGAUGACGAGCAAAAAGUCUUGA